GCCGCGCAGACCCCGCGCCGGCCGCGGCCGAGGCGCCCGGAAGAGCCGGCUCCGGGCGCAGACCCCGCCCGGGCUGGCGCGGCGCCGGCCCCGGGCUCCCACUCGGUCUUUGACCCUCCGUCCCCUCCCGGCCCCCCCGCCUCCCCCCAGGGGGCCGCACCGCUGGAGCCGCUGCGCCCGCGGCCGCCGCUGCUUGUCGGCCGGCUGGCUGAGAGCGCGGCGCGCGGGCCGGCGGCAUGGCCGUGUCCUGGAGGAGCUGGCUGGCCAACGAAGGGGUUAAACACCUCUGCCUGCUUAUCUGGGUCUCCCUGAAUGUCCUGCUUUUCUGGAAAACCUUCCUGCUGUAUAACCAAGGGCCAGAGUAUCACUACCUCCACCAGAUGCUGGGGCUAGGAUUGUGUCUAAGCAGAGCCUCUGCAUCUGUUCUUAACCUCAACUGCAGCCUUAUCCUCUUACCCAUGUGCCGCACGCUCCUGGCUUACCUUCGAGGAUCGCAGAAGGUUCCAAGCCGGAGAACCAGAAGAUUGUUGGAUAAAAGCAGAACAUUCCACAUAACCUGUGGUGUGACUAUCUGUAUUUUCUCAGGUGUGCACGUGGCCGCCCACCUGGUUAAUGCCCUCAACUUCUCAGUGAACUACCGCGAGGAUUUUGUCGAACUGAAUGCAGCAAGAUACCGAGAGGAGGAUCCUAGAAAACUGCUCUUCACAACUGUUCCUGGCCUGACAGGGGUCUGCAUGGUACUGGUACUAUUCUUGAUGAUUACAGCUUCAACAUAUGCGAUACGAGUUUCUAACUAUGACAUCUUCUGGUAUACUCAUAAUCUCUUCUUUGUCUUCUACAUGUUGCUGAUGUUACAUGUAUCAGGAGGGCUGCUGAAGUAUCAAACUAAUUUAGAUACCCACCCUCCUGGCUGCAUUAAUCUUAAUGGAACCCACUUCCAGAAUACUCAUUUACCAGAGCAUCUCUCAGAUCAUUUUCAUGAAUCUUUUCCUGGAGGAUUUUCAAAGCCUGAUGAACUUACCCAGAACACAUUUGUGAAGAUUUGUAUGGAAGAGCCCAGGUUCCAAGCUAAUUUUCCACAGACCUGGCUUUGGAUUUCUGGACCUUUGUGCCUAUAUUGUGCUGAAAGGCUUUACAGGUGUAUCCGGAGCAAUAAGCCAGUCACCAUCAUCUCAGUCACAAGUCAUCCAUCAGAUGUCAUGGAAAUCCGAAUGGUCAAAGAAAAUUUUAAAGCAAGACCUGGCCAGUAUAUUAUUCUACAUUGCCCCAGUGUGUCUGCAUUAGAAAACCAUCCAUUUACUCUCACAAUGUGUCCUACUGAAACCAAAGCAACAUUUGGGGUCCACCUUAAGAUAGUAGGAGACUGGACAGAACGAUUUCGAGACUUACUACUUCCUCCAUCUAGUCAAGACUCCGAGAUUCUGCCCUUCAUUCAAUCUAGAAAUUAUCCCAAGCUAUAUAUUGAUGGUCCCUUUGGAAGUCCUUUUGAAGAAUCGCUGAACUAUGAGGUUAGCCUCUGCGUGGCUGGAGGCAUUGGAGUCACUCCGUUUGCGUCAAUCCUCAACACUCUGCUGGAUGACUGGAAACCAUACAAGCUUAGAAGAUUGUAUUUUAUUUGGGUAUGCAGAGAUAUCCAGUCCUUCCACUGGUUUGCAGACUUACUCUGUGUGUUGUACAACAAGUUUUGGCAAGAGAACAGACCUGAUUAUGUCAACAUUCAGCUGUACCUCAGUCAGACAGAUGGGAUACAGAAGAUAAUUGGAGAAAAAUAUCAAGCACUGAAUUCAAGACUUUUUAUUGGACGUCCUCGGUGGAAACUUCUGUUUGAUGAAAUAGCAAAAUGUAACAGAGGGAAAACAGUUGGGGUUUUUUGCUGUGGACCCAAUUCGAUUUCUAAGAUUCUUCAUAAGCUGAGUAAUCGAAACAAUUCCUAUGGGACAAGAUUUGAGUACAAUAAAGAAUCUUUCAGUUGAAAACCUCUGAGAUGAACAAGGACUCUAAAGAAGGAAUGAGUGCAAUUUCUAAGGCUUUGAAAUGCAGCUGAAUCAAACAGCUGUGUCAUGCCAAACAGUAGCAAGGUUUUCUUAUUUAUGAUUAUUUAAAAUGGAAAUGCAGAGAGAAUGUGGCAGGAUGACAGGUCACAUUACACAUUUAAUCUGGAAACCAAAGAGGCCCUGAAGGAUAUCUGAUGUGAUUAUUCACUUUUCACUGCUCAGAUUAAAAGAAAACUAUUAGGUGCACACUGUUGAUUUUUAUGGCAGAUUCAAGAACUCCCUAGUGAGGAGUUGCACUUGCUCAUUGUGAGGCUGAUAGCCUUGGUUCUCUUUUAAAUUGUUUUUGGUUGAACAAAUACAAGAUUGAACAAAAUUAAAAAUGCAUUGAAACUCAGAUUACAUUUUCUACAUGAGUAUAAACAGAGAAGCAUUGAUUUAGCAAAGCUCCAGGCCAAUAUACUAGGUGUCUGAAAAUACAGCACAGGAUUCUGAGUUGAUACGGGUACUUUGUGCCGCUUGCUCACUACUGAUGCUAAUACCUCUACUUGAUAUCUGUAAGCUUUAUGCUCAUUGAACCUUUUGCAGAUGCUGAUAUAAUAUGUAUUGAUUUUUUUUAUAUUUUUCUUUCAUCUUCGUUCCUUUGUCUAGGGAAAUCUGCCUUCCCUUGGCAUGUGUUAGACACGAUGAUUUAAUCACUUCUUUCCAUUCCCAAUUUAUUUAAUCUAUUACUAUUGCAUUUUAAUGAGGAAAUGUCAUUAAUGUAAAUUAUAAAGGGACAUACAGACAGAUAAUUUUAUUUUCCUUUUUCAGCAUUUUGACUUCCAUUAUUAUUUCCUUUCUUCCCCAGUGUAGUUUAUCUUUAGGUUUUAGUUUCUUAGUCUGCAUUUUGAAGACUAAGAGUAUUGUGGGUAUUUUGUCUUCCAGUGGUCGCUGAGAUAUAAAUUCUUUCUCUUUUUUUCACACAUUGGUUUAUAAUGGAGACAAAGUGUGGUCACUUCCUUGAAUAGGAAACCUGCAUUUUAUUCUUUAUACAAGAGGAAAUACUUAAUUAGUUAUGAAAAUUUAAGUUCUGAAUCAAGAAUAUUAGUGAUUCACUAUCUGGCAUUCUGGGUCUUGAUAAAGAAUUACUGAGUUUAAAGUCACUGUAGGGACUGUGCUGUGUGAUCCUAUCAGCUUAUGCUCCCUGCCCAUUAUAUUCUCAGCUCAGAAAAUAUAUUUCACUACCUUAAGAAUUAAGGCAUUUUUAUAAUUUAGUGGUUUUCUUUUGUAGACUUGCUAUCAAAUAUAGCACAUUGCUGAAAUCAGCAACAUAGCUUGUGUUGCCUUUGUUAAAAUUUUGCAUGAUAUAACAUAACAUGAUGGAUUCUACUGUCAUCCUUUUGCUCUGACUCACCAAUAGCAAUCAAGCAUGCUAAACCAUCUAGCAUUAAAUGCCCAUAAACAUAUUACAGCUAUUUCUUCCUCUCCUUGGAACUCUUUCUUGUUCUCUCUGGAAGGAAAGUGAGUCAGAAAAAGAUAUGGGAAAUGUGCAAUGUUCCUGCAGAUUUAGCUCUGAAGGCAUAUUU